AUGGCUUCACAACGCGACCAGGUGCCAAUACUCGUCGCUGAGACGGACGACGUGCGCCCGUUCGCGCGCCUGCUACGGGGUAUCGGGCUCAAACACCACGCCGCCAUGACCAUCUCCAACGCGGGCUUUGAAGUGACAGUCGAGGAGGCGCGCAGCAUGUGCGCGACGGCAUGGAUCCCCGCCAACCUCUUCACCGAGUUCACCUUCACCGACGAGGACCCGGCGUGCUUCGAGAUCUCGCUCGACGCGCUCCUGCAGUGCCUCAACAUAUUCGGGAACGCAGGCGGCGGUGGCGCGGGUGCCGUGCCCGUCGUUGGCUCGGGAAAAAAGCGGCGGUGGGCCGGCGAGGGGGAGGAGCGCGAGGAAGACGACGGGGCAUGGCGCGGCAAGGGCCGCGAGCGGCGGACGGGGAUGCGGCUUACCUGGCUCGGGACGGGAUACCCGCUGUCCAUCCUGCUCCGCGACGACGCGAAAGGCCCAGUGACCAACUGCGAGCUGUUCACCCUCGAGCCAGAGGACCUCGUCAACCAGCCGUUCGACGACGCGAAUCGCACUAACGCCCAGUCGGCCUGGUUCCGCGACGCGUUGCUCGACCUCCCGCCGUCCUGCCAGCGCGUGACGUUCCGCGCACGCCCACAAGGCGAGCCGGUGACGGACAGCCGGACGACGAGUGUGCGCGCGCGCAAGCUUGCCGAGUCGGGCAGCUUCUCGAUCUUCGCCGAGGGCGACUUUGGCACGGUUCAGUUCGACUACCCGUACGACGCGGAGGUCAUGGACGCGUUCGAGUGCGACGAGGCGGUGACGUUUAGCUACCACGCGUCCCAUGUCGCGCUGCUCGGACGCGCGGUGCAGCACUCGGCCAAGAUCUGCCUCCAGAUCGAGACAACCGGCUUCUUAUCCGUCCAGGUCAUGAUGCCGCUCGCUGAGAACCAACCGCCCGAGCUCAACAACGGCAUUCUCGACUUCAAGAUGAACGCUCUGGAGGACGACGAGGACGAGGACUAAGCGGGCAGCUGGUAGUCCCCUGCGUGUACACGAGCACACACACCAAACUCACACCGGCACCCCCACCGCCAUGCCCCGCGU